AUGGGCGCCGCUACUCUCAACAAGAAGCGCAAGCUCAAGGACGCCGAGGAGGCUGUCGCUGCGCCCAAGAAGACCAAGAAGUCUAAGGUCCCCCCACCGGUAGUCGAGCCAUCCAGCGACGAGGAAGAGGACGAGGACGAGGAGGACGUUCCUUCAGACGAUGAGGAUGAGGCUGGAGAGAAUGACGAGGAAGAGGAUGACAGUGAACAAGACGGCGACGAAGAGAAGGACGAGGAGGAGGAUGACGAUAAAGACGAAGCCGAUGGUGACGACCUCGCGCAGGACAACGCACCGCUCCUCCCUCCCAGCACCGACUCAGAAUUGUUCGAGGACAUGAACUUGUCAGAAAAGACCAUGAAGGCAAUCAAAGAGAUGGGAUUCACCAAGAUGACUAGCAUUCAGCGCAGUGCCAUCCCACCCCUACUUGCCGGCAAGGAUGUUCUCGGUGCUGCCAAGACCGGUUCAGGAAAGACGUUGGCCUUCCUGAUCCCCGCCAUCGAGAUGCUCAGCUCCCUCCGCUUCAAGCCUCGCAACGGUACUGGCGCCAUUGUCGUCUCCCCCACCCGAGAGCUUGCUCUUCAGAUCUUCGGCGUCGCCCGCGAACUCAUGAAGAACCACUCGCAAACAUAUGGCAUUGUUAUUGGAGGCGCAAACCGCAGAGCAGAGGCUGAGAAACUGUCAAAGGGUGUCAACUUGAUCAUUGCCACCCCUGGCAGACUUCUGGAUCACCUGAUGAACACACCCUUCGUCUUCAAGAAUCUCAAGUCCCUGAUUAUUGAUGAGGCGGACCGAAUUCUGGAGGUUGGUUUCGAGGAUGAGAUGAGGCAGAUCGUCAAGAUUUUGAAGAACGAAGACCGUCAGACUAUGCUCUUCUCGGCUACACAGACCACCAAAGUUGAGGACCUUGCGCGAAUCUCUCUGCGCCCCGGACCGUUAUACAUCAAUGUCGACCAAGAAAAGCAGUACAGUACCGUCGAGGGCCUGGAGCAGGGCUAUGUCCUGUGCGAGGCCGAUAAGCGCUUCGUCCUGCUGUUCUCUUUCCUGAAGACGAUGAAGGACAAGAAGAAGAAGGUCAUUGUUUUCUUCAGCAGUUGUAACUCGGUCAAGUACUACGCCGAGCUGCUCAACUACAUUGAUCUUCCCGUGUUGGACCUGCAUGGCAAGCAGAAGCAGCAGAAGCGAACAAAUACCUUCUUCGAAUUCAGCAAUGCCCCCCACGGCAUCCUGAUCUGCACAGAUGUUGCUGCUCGUGGAUUGGAUAUUCCUGCUGUCGAUUUCAUUGUUCAGUUUGACCCCCCUGACAAUGCCACUGAUUACAUUCACCGCGUCGGCCGAACGGCGCGUGGUACCAAUAAUAAGGGUCGCUCUCUGAUGUUCCUUCAGCCAAACGAGGUCGGAUUCCUCACUCACCUCAAGGCCGCCCGUGUGCCCGUCGUCGAGUUCGAGUUCCCCGCCAAGAAGAUCAAGCCCGUCCAGUCUCAGCUGGAGAAGCUGAUCGGCCAGAACUACUUCCUCUCACAGAGCGCCAAGGAGGCCUUCAAGUCUUAUCUGCACGCGUAUGCCAGCCACAGCCUGCGGUCCGUGUACGACGUGAACAAGCUCGAUCUCACCAAGGUCGCCAAGAGCUUUGGUUUCUCGACGCCUCCACGGGUGGACAUCACCCUGGGGCAGAGCAUGGGCCGGAACAAGGUGCAGGGCAGGAGGGCGUACGGAAGCCAGCCGAAGCAACACACCGGGUUCAAGGGAAGACGGAAGGCUUAA